CCCCGGCCCUGCGCCGCCGCCGCCGCCAGCAGCCGCCGCCAUGAAGCUGACCGACAGCGUGCUGCGGAGCUUCCGCGUCGCCAAGGUGUUCCGCGAGAACUCGGACAAGAUUAACUGCUUCGACUUCAGCCCCAACGGCGAGACGGUCAUCUCGAGCAGCGACGACGACUCCAUCGUGCUCUAUGACUGCCAGGAGGGCAAACCAAAGAGAACCCUGUACAGUAAGAAAUAUGGUGUGGACCUCAUCAGAUACACACAUGCGGCAAACACAGUUGUUUACAGCUCUAACAAAAUAGACGAUACUAUUCGUUACCUGUCUUUGCAUGACAACAAAUACAUCAGAUACUUUCCUGGACAUAGCAAAAGGGUGGUGGCCUUGUCCAUGUCACCUGUGGAUGACACUUUCAUUUCUGGGUCCCUUGAUAAGACCAUUCGACUCUGGGACCUUCGGUCUCCUAACUGCCAGGGCCUCAUGCAUUUACAGGGCAAGCCGGUUUGUUCUUUUGAUCCAGAAGGCUUAAUUUUUGCUGCAGGUGUCAAUUCUGAAAUGGUCAAACUUUAUGAUCUUCGUUCUUUUGACAAGGGACCAUUUGCAACCUUUAAGAUGCAGUAUGAUCGAACUUGUGAGUGGACAGGACUGAAGUUCAGCAAUGAUGGCAAACUCAUCCUUAUCUCCACCAAUGGCAGCUUCAUUCGUCUCAUUGAUGCGUUCAAGGGAGUGGUGAUGCACACAUUUGGGGGUUAUGCCAACAGCAAAGCUGUCACACUGGAGGCCUCAUUUACUCCAGACUCCCAGUUUAUUAUGAUUGGUUCAGAGGAUGGCAAGAUCCACGUCUGGAAUGGAGAGAGUGGCAUCAAAGUAGCUGUGCUGGAUGGAAAACAUACAGGCCCCAUCACCUGUUUGCAGUUCAACCCGAAGUUCAUGACCUUUGCCAGCGCGUGUUCCAACAUGGCCUUCUGGUUGCCUACCAUUGAUGACUGACCCUGAUGCUACUCAGCUGUUUGUGAGGGGCCAGCAGGAAAAAACUCAGAGGGGACUGAGAUCAUACCGGGAUUGGAUCAUUUGAC